CUUUGCAAAGUUCAUUAAAAAAAAGAAGAAGUAGUUCAACAGUUCUUUCUGGUGAUGAAAUACGAAAAAUGGUGACAGCUUGGAACGAGGACACACCAGCCGGUUUACAAAAGAAAUUCUACCAAAUUUCAGCGUAUGAACUUGCAUGGCGUGGUGGGGAGGCGGCUAAUUGUCUACUCCAUUACUUUAAAAUUGAAAAAAAUAAUAAGGGAGAGGAAACUGGCAGAAUAGAAUACAAUUCGGUGUUUUCAAAAACUACACAAGGAGGUGCAAAACCCUUGGCCAACAGUAAAUGGUUAAUUGCUAACAAGGACGACCUAAAUAUUUGUCCCGUAAGAUUGUUCAAGAAACUUUCGUCAAAACGGACCACAAAUAUUACUACGGAGAGAUUUUUUUUAACUCCGAAUCCGCAAUGGCAAAACGACAACUCCCCAUGGUACAAAAAUUGUCCUGUAGGCAAGAACGAAAUAGGAAAAUGGACCAAAUUGGCAGCAGAAAAAAUUGGUUUAGACGUAUGUAACAUCAAUAUAACCAACCACUCCAACAGAGCUACGGCUGUGUCACACCUGGCAAAAUCUGGACUUGACGAACAACAAAUUAUAAAAAUUACAGGUCAUGCUAGUACUAGUUCACUGGCGCCUUAUUUGGAAAUUGACACAGAACACCAUGAACAAAUCAUUAAGAAAAUGCGUUUGCAAGAAAAGGAAUCGAACACUGUCGUAUCUGCAACCAAUGAGCUGCAAGCGAAGGCGUCUUCUAAUAGUACCUAUAAUUAUAAUAAGUGUACUUUUAUAUUUAAUUCUGACAGUUCAAAAUAA